AUGCAACAACAAGUAAUGGAUCCGAUUGUUUGGGUCGACAUGGAGAUGACUGGAUUGGAUAUUGAAAAUGAUCAUAUUUUGGAAAUUGCAGUGAUUAUCACCGAUGGUCAAUUGAAUACCAUUGCUGAGAUGGAUUCUCUCGUGAUUCACCAAGAGGAUUCAAUUCUCAAUUCCAUGAAUGAUUGGUGUAAGGAACAUCAUGGACAAAGUGGCUUAACACAACGUGUGAGAGAAUCUCAACUAUCGGUUCAGCAAGUGGAACAACAAGUUCUUGAAUUUGUAAAGAAAUAUGUGGACAAACCAAGAUGGGCACCAUUGGGUGGAAAUAGUGUGUAUAUGGAUCGAUUAUUUAUGAAAAAGGAAAUGAAAAGUCUUGAUGAAUAUCUACAUUAUAGAAUUAUUGAUGUUUCUACUGUCAAGGAAUUGGCAAGGAGAUGGGUACCUCAAGUAUUUGACAAGGUUGUUAAAAAACAAGCUCAUCGAGCUUUGGAUGAUAUUAAGGAAUCCAUUGAUGAAUUGAAACUUUAUAGAAAGCAUUUGUUUAAUCUUGAAUAA